AGUUACUUCACAAGUCAAAAUUGGCUUUCUUCCAAUCCAAAUAUUAAAAAAAAUACAAAUUACAGACAAAAGAAUGAGAAAAUUUGUUAAUUCGUGAAAAUUCAGACUCAAUAUGAAAAUAUCCUGUUGUCAAUCAAACCUCUGAAAGAUUAAAGAAUCGAGAAAUCAUAGGAACUAUGUGCCUGACAAGUACGGUACAGAAGAAGAACAUGGAUAGAUCUAGAUCCCCGGCUCCUCAAAUAUCUAGGGCUCUGUAUCAAGACUUUAAGUUUAUUGUAACUGAUGAGAGACCUACGAGACCCAGCUUAGACGAAGAUACGAAAAGUUUUUCUUCAUCUUCCUCGAACUCUUCAUGUAUCAGUGUCCUCUCAGUUAAAUCAAACAGAAGAAAAUCUAGUACUGCCCAUGAAUUAUGUCGGGACACUAAAACCAGGAAACUUGGAUCCAGGAAACCAUCAUCUCAAAUCUCAAAUCAGGAUCAGGAAAAUGAAUUUUCAUUUUCCCAAAAGAAAUCUGUUUCUUCUGGUAGACCUAAACCAAGAGGAUUGAGUGAAAGAGAUAGAAAUGUCUUCCGAUUCAGUAAUGUCAGCUCACCAAAGGAGAAUUUGAAUCCACAGAUUCAAGUGCCAAGAAUAUCUGUUAGUUUGGAUACAGAUGAUGUUUUCCUGGAUACACUUGAAUAUCCUGCUAGCUCAAGACUACUCCUGACUCCGUCCACUACCUACUCCCCAAGGCCAAGUAGUUGUACCUCUCUUAACCUUGAAUACUCUCCAAACAUUGCUUUAGGUAUUAAAUAUAUUUUUAAUAUGAUUCUUUAA